AUGAAGCCCUUCAAGCCGCCGAGUCUGGUCAAUCGGCCUGCUCAAGUGCCAUCGCCGCCUUUGGGCGGACCCCCUGCAAAGAGGCGUCGUAUCAGCAAACAAGGCGACGAGGAAGACGGUGUGGAGUCGACCAUUGCUGCCGCAAAGAUUCUGUCGACUGCGCCCAGCACAAAACCACUUCUUCCAUCGCAAAAAUUCCAGCCACCAGCGAUUCGGAAGCCUCUCACUCCACUCCCCAAUGCAUCCUCUCAACCUGCGACCCAGCCUGAGGAUGCUCUUCAAACCUAUUAUCUGGUCUUGUGGCGGAAGUUCACAACGAAGAAGAACAAGACUUGGGAUGGUGAUGGUGUGCUCUCCGUCUCUGGCAAGUCUGGUGUCCUUCAGGACAUCUGUGGUAAAGAACUCGGUCGUGGGGUGGUCAGAGGCCCACUUCUGUCUGGCUCAGAGCUCUCCAUAGGUGGCAAGGAGGUGGAGGUCGAUAACAUUCUUCCCAGAGAAGAAUAUAUCUCUGGUCGUGUCUUUCUCGGCACCAAAAAGUCUACGCCUGCGCCCUCGUUGAAGGAGAUUGAUAAGACCAAUCGCGUUUCACAGAAGGCACAGGCGAAGCAUAAGAAGCUUGCUGAAUCCCAGAAGGAACGUUUGACCACAGCCAUCGCUUCAACUCAAUCUACAAAGUCCACCUUCAAGACUCCGCUCCUACACAACACGGUCGAGUCAACAUCAAAGACUUCGAAAAUUCCCGAACCGCGCCAUGACCCCAAGGGUGAGAAUGCUCUGGUCAUGAAGCGACUGGCUAGUGUGCCGAAAGGUAGACAGAUUGUCGAUGUUGUCGUCGAUCCGCUGCUCACGAAACAUCUUCGAGAGCAUCAGCGUGAAGGCGUUGCAUUUCUCUACGAAUGUGUGAUGGGCAUGAAAGAUUACGAUGGCGAAGGUGCGAUCUUAGCGGAUGAAAUGGGGCUCGGAAAGACUUUGCAGACCAUUGCACUGCUGUGGACGCUUCUUAAACAGAAUCCGGUCUUCGAAGAUGCUCCUGUCAUCAAGAAGGCUCUCAUCGUCUGUCCAGUGUCAUUGAUCAAGAAUUGGCGGAACGAGUUUCGCAAGUGGCUGGGCAGCGAGCGCAUCGGCGUAUUUGUUGCUGAUGACAACAAGAUGCGACUCACGGAUUUCACGAAAGGCAGAGCCUAUCACGUAAUGAUCAUCGGCUAUGAGAAGCUCACCAAAGUCAAGGAUCAGCUCCAAGGAGGAACUGGGAUCGACAUCGUCAUCUGUGAUGAAGGACACCGCCUCAAGACUGCAAGCAACAAGGCCGCUGGUGCUAUCAAAUCGUUGAACACCGAUCGACGAAUCAUUCUUAGCGGCACACCGAUCCAGAAUGAUCUUUCUGAAUUCUACACGAUGGUCGACUUUGUCAAUCCUAACAUCAUGAGCAAAUACACAACCUUCAAGAAGGAAUUCGAAACACCCAUCCUCAAAUCGCGACAGCCUGGUGCGUCGCAGUCUGAUCUGGAAAAGGGCGAAGCUCGAAGCGCCCAGCUCGCUGAUCUUACUGGCAAAUUUAUUCUGCGCCGCACUGCGGAGAUUUUGAAUAAGUAUCUACCACCCAAGACGGAAUAUGUGGUCUUCUGUAGACCGACAGAAGCUCAGAAGACUGUGUAUCGCAUGAUCGUCAGUUCGCAGGCGUUCAUGGCUGCAAUGAACACCAAAGCUGUGGUGUUGGAGCUCAUUAUGAUUCUCAAGAAAGUUUGCAACAGUCCCAACCUGCUGAUACAAAAGACGGGCGACAAGGAUGAGCAGACCAAGCGCUCUGACCUCUUCGAGGAUGUGCCGAAGCAUUUGCUCGGCUCUGCUGGUUCUAGUGGCAAGCUGCAGGUGUUCGAUUCCUUGCUUCACCAAAUUCACACUCAUACUGACGAAAAGGUUGUGGUCGUGAGCAAUUACACCUCCACAAUGGAUGUACUCGGUCGCCUUUUGACAUCCAUGGAUAUGAGCUUUCUUCGGCUUGAUGGAAGCACACCUACGAAUAAGCGUCAGGAGAUCGUCGAUCACUUCAACAGGUGGCCCCGUAAGAAGGCCUUCGUGCUGUUGCUGUCAGCAAAAGCAGGAGGAGUUGGUCUCAACCUGAUAGGCGCCUCCCGACUAGUCAUGUUCGAUAUGGAUUGGAACCCUGCAACCGAUCUUCAGGCCAUGGCACGCGUGCACAGAGAUGGUCAGAAGAGACCUUGCUUCAUCUACCGUCUGCUUACCCAGGGAGCUCUCGAUGAGAAGAUCUUUCAGCGCCAAGUGAGCAAGGUCGGUCUUGCAGACAGCAUCGUUGAUGGCAAAGCCGCCGCGAGUGGUUUCACGCAAGCGGAGCUCCGCGAUCUAUUCACGCUGGACGAAGGCGAAGACUGCCAGACGCAUAAACUGUUGGGAUGCAGUUGUGGUGGCAACGGGCAACCCGUUGCAGAUGUCUCGGAAAGUGAAGUCGAUUCAGAACAGACCUUCACAGAGCUCGACGAGAACGGAGUCGAGGUAUGGCGAAUGGACGGAGACUCCGACGAUGACCAUGCAUUUCUAGCACAGAAGAAGAAACAGAAGAUUCCCACCCUUGCUGAAGUCGACCGUGAUGCGCAAGAGGCAGAAAUUGAACGGAACGCCAAGGAGAGUCGUGAUUCUGCCGGUCGCGCCAAAAUGUUAAGCUUAAUGCAGUAUACGCAUUUUGACACGGCGCUUGCGCAUCACAAGCCUAACGUCGCACCAAUGAUGUCAGGCGAGGACGACGACGAAGAAUUUGACACGUCCAACAACGACUCGUCGGUUUCGGAGGUCGUCGAAAGUGCUGUGCAGGACGAUGCGCUGCGGAGCGUCAUCUGCGAGCCUGGAGGAAGGGUUGGCUUUGUUUUUGCAAAGUUGAGCUCCUAGUUCACGGGCAGUGGGCAGUACAGUAUCGAUAAAGUUGAUGGCUGAUGAUGGAAAUAGAUUCAGAUUGCUCACGAAGACAUAGAUCAGACAGCAUAGCAGUAAUUAAUGUACAGGACAGCGCAAAGCUCUGUACUGUUUGGGCUUCG